AUAAUAAUAAAAAUUGAUUCUUUAUCUGAAGUUCAAAGUGACGACGAGAGGAGAAAAAUUGUGAAUUUGAGGAAGCUUGAAAUCGUUUGUUCGCACUAGAGAGAAUGUGGUGUUCCGAUUGGGGAGACGGCCAUGGCUUCGAUUUUUUCGAUUUCGAGAAUUACAAGGAUCACUAUAAAGUUCUUGAAUUGAACUGUGACGCUUCUGAUGAUGAGAUUCGUUCCAGCUUUAUCCGUCUUGCGCUGAAAUGGCACCCGGACAAAUUUAAAGAAGAGGAUUCUGCUACGUCUAGGUUUCAAGAAAUCAAUGAGGCUUAUCAAGUGUUGAGCGACCCAAUUACAAGGCAGGAGUACGAUAAGAAAAGGAUGCGUCGUAUCUAUGAGAACAACAUGGAACUAUUGAAUGAGUACAAGGAGCUCAUAUUGACUUGCAAUGGCCUUGGGAUGAAGCAUUAUCUUUGGUAAUUGCUAAACAAAGAUUAGGUGAUAUGUAUAGUUUGUAUGAUGGAUUAGCAUUUAGCAGGGUUGAAUUUAGGGACAUUAGCAUUUAAGCAGGGUUGUGUUUUGAGAGGAAAAGAGCAUCAAUUAGCAUCAAUCAGGUUUUUGUUUCUCUGCUUCCACAAAAACCAUUUUGUUUGUCUUCCUAGCAAUCAUUAUAUCAGUUUCUAAAACAUUGAUGUCGAAGAUGAUCGGUUUCGGUUUAAGUCCUAAUGAUGAGUGAGCUGAGUCACUACAAGCUGAGUUCUCUAACC